AUGAUCUGGAACACCGAUCUCAUCGAGACGCUCGAGCUCCAGAAUCUCCUCGAGCAGGCACACUGCACCAUGAUCGCCGCCGAGGCGCGCAAGGAGUCGCGUGGAGCCCACGCGCGCGAGGACUACAAGGAGCGCGAUGACGUGAACUGGUUGAAACACACCGUGGCCUACCACGACGACGCUCUGUUUGGAACGGGAACCACCAAGCUGAUGUACCGUCCCGUGCAUAUGAACACGCUGGACGAGAACGAAGUGAAGCCCAUUCCGCCCAAGGCGAAUGAGCAGGAUUCACAAUAA